CCGCGAAACCCAUGCGCGAGGACAAUCCCUUCGACGACCCUGCGCACUUCGAGCUUCCUGCGCACGUCUUCCUCCCGUCCCACCCCAUCACCGCCGAACCCGGCCUCCGCGAAGCGACCGCAUACCUCACGCUGCACUCGAUCAUGCUCAAGGCACACGCUAUGGCGAUGCAAUCCUGGACCGACGCGUCCCGCGACGACGACUCGUACUUCACCGCGGUGGACGACCUGAACGAGAAGGCCGGCAUGGAGCCCGCGCAUGACGAUGACCAGCACGACGACCGCUCCUCCCUUCUCCCGCCGCGCCGGCCCAACAUGUCCCGCGGGCGCGCGACCUACGAUGGCAUGUCCACGUUCGGCGUCACGAGCAAGUGGGGUGGACAAUCCAGCGCUGCUGCAUCGGACACCAACCUAUGGCUGAAGGACGCGGCGGACGAGGACCGGUCGGCCGUACUCGACGCGCACGCCAAGUGGCAUGAAGAGCGCGCAACCGACGACGCCUCCCUGCACUCCAUCUUCCACGGGCACGUCGCGCGGCGCCCGCCCAACGCGCGCCGGGCCACCUCGGCGUCAUAUACCUUCAGGAAGCCGACUGCACCCUCGGCGAAGCCGAGUGCGUCGUCUAGCAAGCUCAGUGUGCCGUCGUACACGCGCCGCAACAUCAGCACGUCCUGCGUCGGUGCGAAGAGGGAGAGGAAGGCGUCUAUGGCCUCUGCGCACUUCAACGAGAUCCACGAGAAGAUCCACCGCUGGGGCAUCAAGACGCACCUCGAGGACGAGGACGAAGAUGUGGUGCCGUUGAUGGGUCGAGAGGAAGAGGACGAGGAGGAUAACUCCGAAUCCAAUGCCGAUUCCUCGACCACCGAACUCACCUCACCGACCUCUACCGACCCCUUCACCUCCGACAGCGAGGACGACUCUUCCGCCACUUCGCGCAGCUCGUCACCGACAUCGACGACCGGAGACGAGGUAUCGCCAUCUCCACGCCGUCCGUGGUGGAAGCGCGUCGUGAGCUGCAAUGGACUUCUGGGGAGGCGGAUGCGCUACGCGCGACUGGAUUAAACGCCGUCCGCGAUUGACCUGAACACCAACUCGAUUCUCAUCCCGUCUUCCUACCAUCAACGUCACCUACAGCGUUAGCGUCACUCACAUUCAAGUACACCGUCCGCCUACCUACUCCAUUGUCCGCACCUCACGACCUCGUCACGUACCGCCCGCGCCGCCAUCCCUCAAAGUAGCCUACGCACGCCUUCGCACUAUCGCACAACUUCUACGUAGGAACAUCUCGGACCUUACACAAUUACCCCAGCAUC